AUGACUACCGUAGACGCGGCUUUGUACGGACGGCUCGCUCUGGUGACAGGGGGUGCGAGUGGUAUCGGCAAGGCGGUCUGCCAAUUACUUGCCGCCGAUGGGGUCACCGUGGUGGUUGCUGACAUACAGCUCGAGGCAGCAGAGAAUGUUGCCCGAGCUCUGCCAGGUGACGCCAAGCACCAGGCCAUGUACGUUGACGUGGGUGAACCGUUGUCCGUGGAGCAGCUCUUCAAUGGCAUCAGGGGUGCGUUCUCCGAACCACUGAGCAUCGUCGUCCACUGCGCCGGUAUUCUGCGCGCGGCGCCACUCUCCCAGUGCACGGAUAAGCUUUUCGAUGAGAUUAUCAAGAUCGAACUUAAGCGACACGUAGCUAUCUUGCAGCACUUCGCGGUGUCGGAUAAGAGCACCGAUGUGCAACAGCUUGAACUAAGGAUGUCGCAGGGCCUAGGAGCUAAAGCAGAGCCGCCCAUGGUGAUGACAUUGCGAAGACUAAAAAUUACUUUUGGCCUUAUGACAUAUAGAAGGGAUUACCAAAGUUGUUUCUGGUGUUUUCAGGGCACCUUCCUGGUGAACCGGGCAGCUAUUCGUGAUAUGCUGCGUUCUGGGAAACCGCUUUCUGAUUGGAGAGGAGCCAUCGUGAACGUUUCCAGCCUUGCAGCCAGGUGCGGCUCCGUGCAGCCGUGUGCGUACGGCGCUGCCAAGGCCGGCGUCCAGGCUCUAACGAAGUCGGCAGCGUCGGAAGUGGCGAAGCAUGGCAUCCGCUGCAACGUUGUAGUACCCGGAUGGGUGGAUACCCCGAUGAUGGCCGAAGCUGGCGAAAGCAACAAGACGAGAGUUAUCUCGAACACACCGCUCAAGAGAACCGGCCAACCAAUGGAGGUAGCAGAGGCCAUCAAGUUCUUGUGCUCGCCCACAACGAGCUCCUUCAUCACGGGAACUGUGCUUGAAGUCACCGGGGGAUUCAAGAUGUGAAUUAUUUUUAUUCGAUUUGGAACAUUGACAAGGGACAAUAAGUACACAUCCAAUGCGGGUCUGUUAAAUAUCUCGUGUAAACCUUCCAGGUCUGAAUUUUCUGCACUUGCUCGAGUGGCUUGAGAACAAAGUGGAUGUAAGCGUUAGUGUAAACUUGGAUAAAAAGAUAGGACCACAAGGUAAUAAUGUUUUCUGUAGGUUGUUAAUAAUUACCGCGAUGACGGCUGAAUGAAUGCAGGUUUUCCCUUUG